UUCAAGUGAGUGAGAGAAAAUGAAUCUGAAGUUAUCUGCAAACAUUAUCCUCUCUACGUUCCUUAUCUUCUUCUUCUUCACUUGUGUGGUAGGCCACAAUAAUCUCCCAUGCCCUUCAAGCACUUGUUCUUCUUCUUCAUCUGAGAAAUGCCCCAAAGAUACUCUCAAGUUUGGGGUUUGUGGAAGCUGGUUAGGGUUAGUCACUGAGGUUAUUGGAAGCAAACCAAGCGAGAAAUGCUGUACUGUUGUGAAGGGUCUUGCAGAUCUUGAAGCUGCUCUGUGUCUGUGCACUGCCAUUAAAGCCAAUGUUCUGGGAAUAGUCAAUCUCAAGCUGCCUGUUGCUGUUAGUUUGAUUGUUAAUGCUUGUGGGAAGAAAGUUCCUGAAGGGUUUGUUUGUGCUUAAAUGUGGAGUGGCAAUCAGAUUCCAGGUCCUGAUAAAUUUGUUUAAAGAGUGGGUUGCAAAUUUUGAUUUAGAUAUGUAAUUGUAAAUUUAGAAAUUUCAAUGAUAAUAAGACAUUAAGUUAAAUAUAUAUAGAACUACUCUCAAUUUAUAAUAAUUAACAUUUUUAUUUA